UCCAUGAUGUCACGAAUGAAGUCAUGUGGUAUUUGAAGGAAUGACCGUAUUCAUGGAUGGUAAUGGCAAUUCAAUAAUACUGUAUGCAUGUAGGUCGUGUGUAUAAUAUAUGUAUGUACAUAAUUCUUAAAUUCUAAAAAAAUGGCAGAUUUAAUGAAAUGGCCAGUUUUUAAUUUGCUAGAACCAGAAUUUAUACAACAGAUCCGACUGGUUCUCAUAUAUGAUGAAAAAGUUUGCAACCCUUUAAUCGUAACAAACCAUCACAACAUAUUUACACUUUCUUAUAAUUCUGGAAAUUUCAUACCACAACAAAUUAAAGCAGGACACAGCUUACUUAUUAAAACCGUAGCAUAUAUGAAGGGACCAUAUAUUUUUAUACUCACAUUUACAGGAGAGGUAUAUCUAAUUGAUAAGGACGACUACAACAAUGAUGGAUUUAUUUCUGAGCAAUGCAAACUGGCAAAGAUGAAUCAUGUAUUUUGCAAUGAAAUGAUAGAGGAUAUAGCCUGUGGAGAAACUCAUUUUUUAGUAGUAACAUUUUCUGGAAAGGUUUAUGAAACAAUAAUUAAUGAUUCUGCAUUUGAAUCUGUAACUGAGGAUGCUAUUAACUUAAAUAAUAGAAUAGUUUCUAUUAGUUGUGGAAGUGAAUGUAGUGCAGCAGUCACAGACGAUGGAAUGAUUCAUAUUUGGAUUGAUGAUUCUGACAUAACCACAAUUACGGAACUUACUACAAUAAAUAAAAUAGUUUGUGGUUAUUUGCAUUUUAUGGCAUUAAGUAAUGAAGGUGAUGUUUAUACUUGGGGUUCAAACAUUUAUGGACAGUUGGGUAAUGGCACAUAUGUAGACAGCAGUAAGCCAGAGAGGGUAAAACAAAUAACAAACGUGGUGGAUAUAGCAACUUCCAGUAACCAUGACAUAAGUAUAGCAAUGGGAGAAGGCAAUCUUAUUUUUAUAUGGGGUUCUUGUUUAGGACAGAAUAUCAGUGUGCCAACUCCUACAACUUUGAGCUCCAUCCAUGAUGCUUUUGCAUGCUAUGCCUCACCAAGAAUUAUGCAUCAGCCACUUGUUAAUAACUGCAAUUUUAAUCUGCUCGAUUCUCUAAGAGACGCAUUUAACAAUGAAGAUACUAGUGACCUUACUAUUAAAUUACAUGGAAAAUCUGUACAUGUACAUAAAUCUAUAUUGAUACUUCGUUGUCAGCACUUUAGAAAAAAAUUUCUAGAAGAUCCUGUGUACAAUUCUGCGAGACAAUGCAUAUCUAUUGAUAAUGAGAUGUUCUCAUACAACGUGUACAAAGCUUUCCUGGAAUAUUUGUAUACUGACAAAAUUAAUCUGCCUCCAGAAGAUACUUUUGAACUGUUACAAUUGGCUGAUUAUUAUUCCAUGAAUCAAUUAAAGAAAUAUUGUAAACAAACAAUAUAUAAGAAUAUUAAAGUGAAAAAUGUACUGAAUGUGUACAACUUAGCUAUUAAAUACCAUGCUAAGGACUUGGAAGAUUAUUGUUUUAAAUUUGCUUUAAGAAACAUGACAGCAGUGAUAGGAACCCCAAAUUUCGUCGAAUUAGAUGGAUCCAUAGCCAAAUACUUUAUGAUAAAAGCUGCUGAAACAAAUGGAUUUCGAACGUAACUUAUAAAUUAAAUUAUUACUUAUUACUGUAAUUAUUAAUUACUACUAAUAAGUACUUAAUCAAAGAAUCUGUUAAUUAAAGACUGUUUUCAAACAUUUUCCAACACAA